GGUAUCUCUUGCGCCCCCGGAGGUGUCUGCCUACCUCACGUUCGCGCUCAAGACGCACGCACAGCGGCGGUUUUCAUCGAAAUUCACGCAGAUUGUCGUCAGUUUGGAAAGAGAGAACAAGAGAGAGGGAGGGAGAAAGAGAGAGCGAGAGAGAGAGCGUGGGGAUUCUGUACACAUGGAUGUGCAGGCGAACACUGCAUUAAUAAUCUGGAUUAAUUUCACAGCCGGUGGACAUAAUGGGGAAUACGACACCCAAACCGUUAAUAGAUGCAACUGUUCAAACCCGCCCAGUGGCUAGUAGCCAGUACUACACUUUGCCCAACAAUGGGAGCGGGUUUGAGAGAAGAUCAGCAUAUCCAUUUAGCAUCAGUAUGGAGUCGCCCCGCUUUCACCCCCACGCCAAAGGCAAAAAUAUCAGGCUGGAUGGACAGCUUCGACGCGCCACUCGCAAGAGCAGCUUCUGCAAUGGAAUCACCUUCAGUCACAAGCCCGUCCACCUCUACGAGAAGGUGCGGCUUCGUCUCACGGACGUGCACACCGGCUGGAGCGGAGCACUACGAUUUGGCUUCACCAGUCUGGACCCGAGCGACUUGACUAUAUCUGACAUCCCCAAGUACGCUUGUCCAGAUUUGGUGACGCGGCCCGGCUACUGGGCCAAGGCCCUUCCCGAGAGACUUGCCCUGAAGGACAGCGUGCUGGCGUACUGGGCCGAUCGCCACGGGAGGGUCUUUUACAGUAUCAACGAUGGCGAGCCAAUCCUCUUCCACUGCGGCCUCAGCAUCGGCUGCCCACUCUGGGCCAUCAUCGAUAUCUACGGCAUCACUCAGGAGGUCACGCUGCUUGAAAGCACGUUUGCCGAGAGCGUUGGAUCAAGCUGCCUGAGCGCGGCCCGCCUGAGUGCCUAUCUGCCCCAGAGCAGCCACGACUCGGCCAAUUACAGCAACAAUCAACUGGAGAACAACCAGGCUGCCGCUGCCAAGAUGGCCAACAUCCAGCUCAAUACUUACACUCAGCUAAUCCCUUGCUACUCUUCCAACACGUCCUCCGCCACCUCGGCCUCAUCUGCCUCCACCGGAUUCUCCAGGGUGAUCCGCAACCUUCCUUCCCCGCUGGACGGCGACUUGCACUUUCACCCCACUCGCGGCUCCGACAUCAUACUGUCCGCAGACCGCUCGGCCGCCUGUAUUCACUUUCUGGACAGCAGUCGGACUCUUGUGUUCAGUGAUCGACCGCUACACACGGGAGAGACUUUAUAUGUCGAGGUUGGCCAUUUGGGUCUGCCUUACUUCGGGGCACUCUUGUUUGGUUUGACGUCCUGUGACCCGGCGAGUCUGCACGCCGGGGACCUGCCGGCCGACCCCGAGGUUCUGCUGGACCGUAAGGAGUACUGGGUGGUGCAUCGCGGCUUUCCCAUGCCGUGCUCCGGGGACGUCCUCAGCUUCAGCCUGCUGCCCAGCGGAGAGGUGCACCAUGGGGUGAACGGAGUGGGACGUGGCAGGCUGCUUUGCGUGGACUCUUCUCAGGCGCUGUGGGCCUUCUUCGCCCUGCAUGGGGCUGUCAACAGACUUAGGAUACUUGGAACGAUACAGCCGAGUCCUCCCUCCACAUCUCCCGGUACCUCCCAGAGCAGCAGUCCAGAUGACAGCGAUUCAGAUCUGGCCUUCAGUGUCAACAGAUCCUCCUCUGCGUCUGAAUCCUCUCUGGUGACUGCUCCCAGCUCCCCUCUCAGCCCUCCCGUCUCUCCCGGCUUGGCUGGCUCAGAUUGGCCCUCUUGUGAAAAGAACGGGGAAUGCACCAUUUGCUUCGAUCAAGAAGUGGACACGGUCAUCUACACGUGCGGCCACAUGUGCCUGUGCAACGACUGCGGACUGAAGCUCAAGAGGCAGAUCAACGCCUGCUGCCCGAUAUGCAGGAGGCCCAUCAAAGAUGUGAUCAAAACAUAUCGGCCAUGAUGACUUUUGGAAUGGAAGCACUCUUCUCCCCUUUUCUCAGGCAUGGUUGGAUGCCAACUACAGAUUAGCCAUAAGAGGACAUCAUUGUGCCUAUGGGAUGUUGUAUGUUAAUCAUCUCUGGAGGCGACAAACAAAGCUAUGCUGUCUAAUCAUCAUCUUAACAAAGAGACUGCAUACUGCGCUUAUAUUUUUGGUAACGAGUGAUGCGAUGCAUUAUGUGCCAAUGUUCUUUACCCAUCAUCAGUGUGCUUUCUCUUAUGUUGCUAAAUGUAUUCCCCAAAUGAUAAAUGUCUUUGUUGCAAAUAUUUUUAUGCUUCAGCUGGAAAACACGGAUAAGACUUUUAGUGCCUUAGAUUAACAUUUUGUCACAUUUUGUGUUCAAGUGAUAGGCUGACAAUCCGGGCCAUAUGAUUUAAUGUGCACUACAAUAAGGUUUGUGAUGGACAAAGACCGAUUUUCAGAUAUUAAAGGCACCCCGAAAUGUGUAAGCGGUAUGUGAAUGGUAAAUGAAGUCGUGUAUAGAGAGGUUGUUGGAAAUGUAGAGUCUGGUUUUGCACACUGAGAGAAAAAUAAAUCUGAGUUAAUACA